ACAAGGACGCAAGAACGACGUUUUCGACAGUUUCCACAAGUUUUACGGCCGCAUGGGUGGUUUCUGACAGCAGCAAGCCGAUUAUAUUGGCUGUAUAUAUCUACUUUGUUUUUGAUAACAUUUCAUUUUGGGAUUAAGGAUUGUAUAAUACGAAAGCCAUCAAGAACACAUUAUGGUGAAACAGAAAAAGAAAAGUGAUCUUAGCCACGCAGAGCUGAUGAUGAUGACAAUUUCAGAUGUUAUUAAACAGCUGAUUGAAGCCCAUGAGGAGGGGAAAGACAUCAACCUCAACAAAGUGAAGACAAAAACAUCAUCCAAGUAUGGGCUGUCAGCUCAGCCACGACUUGUGGACAUCAUUGCUGCUGUGCCACCCCAACACCGCAGGGCACUUGUUCCCAAACUGAAGGCCAAACCUAUACGCACAGCCAGUGGGAUUGCAGUGGUAGCAGUCAUGUGCAAGCCUCAUCGCUGCCCUCAUAUCAACUUCACAGGCAACAUCUGUGUUUACUGCCCUGGUGGUCCCGACUCGGACUUUGAAUAUUCAACGCAGUCCUACACUGGUUACGAGCCGACUUCAAUGAGAGCGAUCCGUGCUCGAUAUGACCCUUUCCUUCAGACACGCCAUCGUGUAGAGCAGCUGAAGCAACUGGGGCACAGUGUGGACAAGGUGGAGUUUAUCGUGAUGGGUGGCACCUUCAUGGCACUAGCAGAGGAAUACAGAGACUACUUCAUCAGGAACCUGCAUGACGCAUUGUCUGGACACACCUCCAACAAUGUGGCUGAGGCUGUAAGGUACUCAGAGCGCAGUAACACCAAGUGUGUGGGGAUCACGAUAGAGACCAGACCAGAUUAUUGCCUGAAGCGACACCUCAGUGACAUGCUGUCAUAUGGCUGCACACGGCUGGAAAUUGGAGUGCAGAGCGUGUAUGAGGAUGUGGCCAGAGACACCAACAGGGGACACACAGUCAGGGCUGUCUGCGAGUCCUUCCACCUGGCAAAAGACGCUGGCUUCAAAGUGGUGGCACACAUGAUGCCGGAUCUGCCCAAUGUGGGUCUGGAGAGAGAUGUAGAGCAGUUCAUAGAGUUCUUUGAAAACCCUGCAUUUCGCCCUGAUGGAAUGAAGCUAUACCCAACACUGGUCAUCCGAGGCACUGGACUGUAUGAGCUCUGGAAGACGGGGCGCUAUAAGAGCUACUCGCCAAGCACACUUGUGGAACUGGUGGCCCGCAUCCUUGCACUGGUACCCCCAUGGACACGUGUGUACCGUGUUCAGAGAGAUAUCCCAAUGCCACUUGUGAGCUCUGGAGUAGAACAUGGGAAUCUGCGAGAGCUGGCACUUGCUCGAAUGAAGGAUUUGGGCACAGAGUGUCGGGAUGUACGAACUAGGGAGGUUGGGAUUCAGGAAAUCCAUCACAAAGUGAGACCCUAUCAGGUGGAAUUGGUGCGCAGAGACUAUGUUGCGAACAGCGGCUGGGAGACGUUCCUGUCCUACGAGGACCCUCAACAAGACAUUCUCAUUGGGCUGUUGCGCCUGCGGAAGUGCUCACCGGAGUCGUUCCGGCCCGAGCUGAAAGGGGGCGUCUCCAUUGUGAGAGAGCUACAUGUCUACGGCAGCGUGGUUCCCAUCAGCAGUAGGGACCCUGGCAAAUUCCAGCACCAGGGAUUCGGAAUGCUGCUGAUGGAAGAAGCAGAAAGAAUUGCGAAAGAAGAGUAUGGAUCUAGCAAAAUUGCAGUCAUCUCAGGUGUUGGUACCAGGAACUACUACAGAAAGAUUGGCUAUGAACUGGAAGGGCCCUACAUGGUGAAACGGCUGGACUGAGGAAAACAGACCCACUACAUCAUAUGACUAAGGAGCCAGACAGCCAUCUCCCCUUUCACUCGGUAGACAGACAACUUUCCUGAAGUAAUGGUGUACUGCAGCAAUCAAUGCUUCACCUUUGUAUUUUGGUAGUAAAAGUUUCACAUCAAAGAUAAUUUGCAAAACUACUGCAAUUGACAUUGGAGUCUCACAUACCUACAGUAUAUGAAGACCUUGCUAAGUAUUGUAACUGCACUUAUAUUUCCUAAUAUUCACAUAGUUAUAAUAUUUAGCUACCUACCUCCCAUUAGAUUAAUAUGUAAACAUAAGUGACUAAUUCAUUUUUAAGAUUUUCACUCAGAUUGUUUCUGAAAUAAUUAGAAACAAUCCAAAAUUAUAUUUGUAUUGAUAGGAGUGUAAAUAGUAACAGUUGUCCCAGAGAGGUUUAAACACAGCAUUCAUGUUCAUCCAGAUAAUAAGUGCUUGUUUAUGUGACCUUCAUAUAGAAGGGGUCAACAGAAUGUCCACAAAGCAGAAAGGACCUCUGUCUGCCAGCAAAUUCAAGUUGUCUGCCAACAUCAUGCUGUGUCUUGUUUAAUAAUAAUAAUAAAAAGUCAUAUUGGGUCCCAAGGAAUAUUUCUGUAUUUUUCCUGAAAUGUAUUUACGGAAAUGUAAUUAUAAUUCAAGAAAUAAAAUGAAUGAUGUAUCAAAAAGCAACACAA